AUGGGCAUCUGUCAGUCCUGCCUCGGAAGGCGCGACAAAGAUGACUACGACGAGAACGAAGAGGGCAGGCUGCUGUACGAGGAUGGCAACGGCAUGCAGUAUGGCAGCUUCGGCGACCCCGCGUUAGGCGGCGACGAGACGAUAGAGGCGCAGCGGGAGAACGAAGCCCUUCAGAGAGUGGUUGCAAAGACGUCCAAUAACAUGGUCGACGUCUUCGAGAUUGCACCUCAGACUUCCUCAACUCGAGGCGCCAGCUCGACGCCGUUUGCAUACGCCGGUCAAGGGGCCCGUGUGGCGCGAUACCAGCACUUGGUCUCCAAGCUCAAUGCUGACGAGGAUGGCGACAUGUCUGGCAUAAAGGUCGACUGGUUGGCGGAGGACGACACGGUCGAGCUGCAGAGCAAUCGGCCUGCGAGCAUCAAGACUCUCGAGGACGACAAUGGCGGCGGCCCCCUUGUCGGAACAUUCGCGGACGCUGCCGCAGCCAUGAAAUAA